UGGAGCAGCGAUCAUAAACCUCAAUGCAGGCAAACAAUCAGAGAACGAAUGUAAAGCUCCAACGCCAGCCAGACAAAGUAGCCAGAGCGUGGAGCUACUUCCAGCCGGGCACAAUCUCUCUGAUUAGUUGGCAUCGUGAACUGAACAGCAACGCAUCGUUUUGUGGUCUAGACAUACGCAUAGAAGCAACAUGGCAGAAGUAAAGCAAGAGGAUAUCGAGGAGUUGUAUAACUUUAUCUAUCCCCUGGCCAUCGAGGCAGGCGAGAUCCUCAUGGAGGGCUAUGAAAUGGCCAGUAAAAACGUCUCCAUCAAGGGCGAUUUUUACGAUGUGGUCACCGACUACGACAACAAGAUCGAAGACUUUCUCAUGGAGAAGAUACUGGCCAGCUAUCCGGGGCACAAGUUUAUCGGCGAGGAGGCGACGGCCAAGAACAACAACGUGUCCGGGGAACUGACGGAUGCGCCCACCUGGAUCAUUGAUCCCAUCGACGGCACAUCGAAUUUCAUUAAGCAGAUCCCGCACGUUUGUGUUUCGAUUGGUUUGGCCAUUAACAAACGGAUAGUGCUGGGUGUGAUCAAUAAUCCUGUUCAGAAAAAGCUCUUCACAACGAAAUUGGGUCAAGGUGCCUUUUGUAAUGGGAAGCCCAUCUGUGUGAGCAGCUGCGAGAGCAUCAAGGAUGCCAAUGUGGCCUACGAAGUGUCCCUGCUGCAUGUUCACUCAGUAGCCAACAAGCACAUCAAAAGGAUCUACCAUGUGGGAUUAAAUGCCAGACGACUUGUGGCCUAUUCUUGUGUGGUGGAUGAGCUGUGCAUGGUGGCGGCUGGCAAUCUGGAUGCCUUUUACAUCGAGGACAUGUAUCCCUGGGACUGUGCCGCCGGUUCCCUACUGGUAAAGGAGGCGGGAGGCGUGGUAACGCAUCCAUUUGGUGGCCCCUUCGACAUAAUGAAGCCGGAUCUUAUUUGCGCCGGAACGGAGAAGUUGCGCAAAGAGAUUGAAGACCUUUUGCGCAAGGCCGAUCAGGAGGAGUCGGUGGGGGGCAAGCCAGUACAGAAGUAAUUUAGGAAAGACACACACAAAAAUUGUUGGCAAAUUAAAAAGCUCGAGGUUAGCUGCACUUGACUUUGGAAGCUCUGCUCGUGGAGCUUUAAGAUAUCAUUCAGCUUUGAUCGCCGAAACCCUGAUAAACACAGUUCACAAAAAUGGCGGGAAAGCAAACAACUCUCUGUUCAGACUUUACUUUACUAAUGAAUCAUUUUGUUACCAUAAUUUUAAACCUAAAUCUGCCAAAUAAAUCCCUAUAAAGAAGUACAAAAAGGUGUUUGGUAAUUCUAUUCAAAGAAUCUCAAAGAUUUUCUAACUUUUUCUCAACAAAUUAAACUCCUUUGAGGAAGUUUAGAAAAAGGAUUCAUUGAUUUUUUUUAAACAAGUUUUUAUAAAUUUGUUCUCUUACCAAUUUUAAAGAUCAGUUUAGAUUGAAGGAAACAAUAAUGAAAACAUUCUUAACAGAUAUCAAAAGAUAGAAGCUAUCUUUCUAAACAUUGUAUAAAAGAUACGUAUACAACCGGGUCUUCAAAGUUAUCGAACAUUUUUUAAGAUAAAACUGAAAUUUUGAACGUAGUUUUUUUGUGUUCAAAAAGCUUUUUAGGUAAGCAAUAAUCUUCAAAAAUAAUCUGUAGGUAAAUUAAUCUUUUAAAAUAAAACCUAGGAGCUAUCCAAGGAUCUUUGGAUUCUUAAAAGUUAUUUUCAAUGGAUGAUCAAAGCAGUAUGGGAAAAUCUCUGGACUGUGGAUAUACCAGACUGGGAGGAUUUUAGAGUGUUCUAACCAGUGGUGUGGUCUUACACCUGUUCAUAGAUUGAAAUUA